UCCGGUCUCUACAAAGUGGUUUUUUCCCCAGUAAGAUGUAUUAGAAGCGGAGACUGACAGCCGGAGUGAAUACGAAGAAAUGAAUUAGUUGGAUGUGGGGAGGGAGAGAGAGAGAGAAUCGGAGCAGUGGUCACAGAGAGCGGAGCUGCGGGGAGAGAUACAGAGCGAGAGACGACGCGGGGUGGGAGGUGGGGAUCCGCAGUGCAAAGGGGGAGCCCCCCCCUCCCCGGGUUGCAGGGCAAGGCAAGAGGGAGCUCCGUGCGAGGGAGGGAGUCGGAGACCGCACCGCCGGUGCCUGGGUGAGCCCAGGCCGGAACUAUCUGCAGCCGCGUCGCGGAGCCCGGGCUGAGAAACCAUGAGGAAGACGGCGGCGCCCAGCAAGCGGGGAACACAGGAAGGGAACCAACCCCCCGCCCAGCUGGAGAAGAGCGGCUGGAUCCGGAAGUACUGUGGGAGGGGGAUAUUCCGGGACGUAUGGAAGAGCCGCUACUUGAUGCUGAAGCUGGAUCAGGUGUACAUUUCGGAGAAGGAGCUGAAGGACGAGAAGGCGGCGUUAGAGAGGUUUGACCUGGCCGACUACGAGAAAUGCGAGGAGCUACGCAAAUCAAAGAGUCGCAGCAAGAAAAACCACAGCAAAUUCACGCUGAUCCGCAGCCGGCAUCCUGGGAACAUGGCGCCCAACCUCAUUUUCCUGGCGCUAAGUCCCGAGGAGAAAGAGUCCUGGAUUAACGCCAUCAGCACCGCCCUCAGCCGGGCCAAGAAUCGCAUCCUGGAUGAGGUGACUGUCGAUGAAGAGAGUUUCUUAGCUCAUCCGACGCGGGACAGAGCGAAGAUCCAGCACUCGCGGCGCCCACCCACCCGUGGGCACCUGACAGCAGUGGCCUCCACCUCCACGUCGGACGGGAUGCUGACCCUUGACCUAAUCCAGGAGGAUGACGCCGGGCAGCGACCGGUCACCGACCCCGAGGCGCCGUCCCCCGCGGGCCUCGGGCGCCAGCGGCACUCGGCCGCCUCGCUGGACCGGGACGCCCUCCCUUCGCCGCGGAACCCGGGCUUGGCCGAGCGGAGCAAGUGCGCGUCGGAGGAGGCCCUGCUGGGCCCCGGAGCCGGCGGUGGCCGCAAGGGCCCGGCGGCGUCCCGGGGCAGCACGGAGGGCGAGCGGCUCGCCCGGAUCCGGGACCUCGUCGCCCUCAAGUUGCAGAGGACUCAGAUGCUGCUGCUGGAGUCGGGGCCCCGGCGGCACGGCCCGGGCUCCGAGCCCGACGCCCUGCGGCAGGCCCAGGGGCUGCUGGCCGAGGCCUUGUCCAACUGGAGCCAGGCCAAGCGGGUGCUGGAGGAGAUCAAGGAACUGAGGCAGCUCUGCGGGGAGCCCGAGCGAGCACGCACCGAGCCGGAGCUCAGCACGGCCGGCCGCCCGGCCUGAUGCGGACGGAGCGAGUGGGGGAGGAGGCCCCGGUCCUGUGGGCGGGGCCUGUCACCACGGGGGCGGGGCCUGUGACUGGGGGCGGGGACCUCAUGUGGGAGGGUGGUCCCAUCUCUGUGGAGGCAGGGCCCCUGAAUUGGGGCGUGGUCUAUCUCCAGCAGGGCGGGGCUUUCGCGGUGACGUGUGUGAAGGGGCGUGGCCUGUGGGCAGGGGCGAGACCUCAGAGUAAAAGCAGGGUCUUUGUGAGAAGUGGAAUCAGUGAGGGUGCACAGGAGCUGAUGGGCAGAGUGGCCACUUCCUCUCUCUUCCUCAUCCUCCAUAGACUGUAAAAUGUGACACUGCCCAGGACAGUAAACUCCUUCCCCUAAUGCCCCCUACCCAAUAUUACCUCCAAUCCCCUCGUCCACUGGAACGGGCUCUGGCAGAGCUGGUGAGUGUCCUUACUGGACUGGCUGGCCAGGAGAAAUGGAAACUUGCUUUAAUUUCAUCGGGAGGGUAUUUGGUGAAGGUUGGAGUGGGGUUAGAGGGUGGUAGGGUGCAACCCCUGCCCCAUAUUGCCGACCCUUUUGAACUGUGGUAGCAGCAUCUCUCUCAGAUACCUAUCGAGUCUUUUCUCAACCUCCUUUGCAAGAACCCCUCUGUUUCGCAGAGAAUCCUGCCCCGGAAACACUGCAGUUAGAAUUAGCGCCUCAUCUCUCAGGGACACGAACGCCCUCUCUGCAGUUAGGCAUUUUGGCCCAGCCCUCCAGGAUUUUGUGCAGGCAAUCACUGACAGUUCUGCAAGCCCACCUCGCAUGCCUGCAGUCCCCGGCCUCUGCACCUCGUGGUUUCAGGAGCCCUGAACCAUGGGUCAUUCUCCAAAAUAACCCCUCCCCAACCUUCCUUCUCACCCAGGUCCUGUGCUCAGUGAGCAUGUUCCUCCCUCCCCAGCUCCCCUCUUCAACCACCCUCCAGAUCCCUGCAUCGUUGUGAGGGAGUCUGUGGGAAGUGAGUGUUGGAGAGGGGCUGGUUGCUUCUUUGGGAUGGGGGGAGCACAGUACUGAAGCACUCUCUACUCUGAAGUUGUGCAGCGGUACUCUCUUCCCCCUCACAGAAUGGAAACGUGGGUAUUGAGUUAAGAGUCCCACCAAAAGAUAAGUAUGACUGACCCUGUUACCUACAUGAAACUCCACCUGGUCUCCCCUUCACCCCCUCACCCCUCCCCACUAUGGACGUUUCCAACUAUUGCUCCCUCCUGCUCUCUGUACACAAGACAGAUAUGCCACACUCAGGGGUAGCUGGGGGCAGUGACAAAACAGACAGUCCAGGGCAAUAAGUUGUGAAACAGAAUGGAAGGUGGGGGGAGAAUUGGCGUGCUGUGAAAAUGUUACCUGGGGCAGGAGGAGAACAUUUAAAACAGGGGCUACUGAGGAGAAAGACCCCUACCCUUCCAUUGCUAAAACAAAAAGCCGUUCAGUUCAGUGUUAGUGUGGUGCUAUUAAUGCUCUGGGCUUUGUUUGAAGCCUGCUGGAUCUGGCUGCACUGAACUCUCUGUCGGGUACCAGCGAACCCUGGUGCAUUCCCGAAGAAAGAAAGACGGACUGGACAAAUACGAGAGAGAAAGCGAGCAGCCGAUACUGCCGGGCCAACUAAAACCCAGUGUUAUGAGCUGAUGAAGCAACCUUCUGCGCAGAUAUUGCUGGUUUGAAGUUGUGGUUUUAAUACGAGUAAAUUAAAACUGAAUUUAAAAGGAAAAACAAAGCAGUUUUUACCCUGCCUUGGGCUGAAAGAAGGCAUUUGCACAAUCUUUCAAUUAACUUGCAGUGCGUAAUGAGUUAGUCUGUAUGAACAGAAUGCAGGAUGAACUUUUCACUGUACAAUAAUAAACUCGUUCCAAUGUCUCUUCGUCAGUAACUGGAGGAACUCAACAGGUCAAGCAGCAUCUUGGAAGAAAGACUCAACGUUUCGGGCUGAGACCCUUUAUCAAUCUGUUGUUAGGUUGAGGGUGUAGUUACAGAUACUGGCCUGUAGGGGGAGGACGAGCUGGAGUGCCUCUGCUGGUAGGAGGGUGUAAUUACAACGUGACAUGUUUACAUAGAACUUCACCAUUAUAAGUGAAGCUGAGUUCAAUUUAAAUCACUUUAUUGUUAUCAUGUGUACAGUGAAAGAUUGUUUUACUCUAUGGAUCACUUUAUCACAACGGUGCAUUCAGGCGGCACAAGGGAAAACAGUACAGUGCAGAGCAUUUAGCUCGACGUUAUUACAGCUGGGGGCUCUCCAGAGUGCGGAAUUCAUUCCUGUUUCAUUCUGCAUGGAGUUUCUGUGGAAUGUGUGGGUUUCCUCUGGGUGCUCCAGUUUCCUCCG